UCCCCGGAGAGCAGGAGGCCCGCGUCCUAGCCCCUGCCUCUCUCCUUCCGCGGGACCCAGGCGCUCCUCUCGCAACCCCGCGAGCCCCGGAGCACGGAGCCGUCGUGUUCUUCCCGUUUCCUCCCUGGCGUUAAAGGAGGCGAUCCAGAGCAGGGGGUAAUUUGUCCGAAGUCACGAGGAUACUGGUCAGAGAGUGUAGGUCGUAAAGCUGCAAGGCCGUAGGAAGUCCUGCUCUCAGGCAAGAUGCUUUCCAGGAAGAAAAGGGAAACACCUUGCUGAUGCCACCAUCUUCAAACCAGAGUCGUCUCCAUCUGCUUUCUGUCUGCCCAGGAUCCCUGAAAAUUUCUGGUUUGAGAAGAAGCUGUCUGUGUUCACAGUGGGCGAGAGAAAGUUGAGACUACCGCAAUGACCGAGUCCUACGUGAAGAAGCUGUCCACCAUCCUGCUGGACGCCGUCACCGAUAAGGACCCGCUGGUGCAGGAACAGGUGUGCAGUGCCCUGUGCGCACUUGGAGACUCGCAGCCGGAGGAAGCGCUCAGGGCGUGGGAGGAGUACCUCCGGCAGCACGGAAAGCUGGCACAUCCAUACCGGACGAUGAUCCUGAGGGCCAUGGAGGUGGUUGUGAGCAAUCACAUCAGUGAGCUGGACAAGGACAUGGCCAGGGCCAUCAUCCUCCUGGCCUCCAGCGAGAUGACCAAGGCGAAGGAAUUGGUUUAUGACUGGCAGCAGGCUGCCAGCAACGUCCUUGUGGCUGUGGGAAAGAGGUUCAUUGGCCGAGUGAUGGAAGAGAUGCUGAGCAAGUUCCAGCCUGGGAUCCUGCCCCACUGUUUUGUUGUGCAGACGCUCGCCAACCUCUCUGUCUCCAAUGUGUUCGGCAUGGUGCCCUUCCUGACGUCCAUCCUGAACACCAUGCUGCCCAUGCUGGGCAUGGCCAAGCACGACACGAUGCGGGUGGUGUUCUGCUGUGCUCUGCAGCACUUCAGCGAGAGCACCCUGGAGUAUCUGGCCAACCUGGACCAAGCCCCUGACCCCACGGUCAGGAAGGAUGCCUUUGCCACCGACAUCUUCAGUGCCUACCACAUCCUCUUUCACAACUGGCUGCAGAGCCGUGAAGCCAAGCUCCGGCUUGCUGUGGUGGAGGCCCUGGGGCCCAUGAGUCACCUGCUGCCCAGCGAGAAGCUGGAGGAACAGCUCCCCAAGCUCCUGCCCGGAGUCCUCGCUCUCUACAGGAAGCAUGCUGAGACCUUCCACGUGUCCAAGAGCCUGGGCCAGAUCCUUGAGGCAGCUGUGAGCGUGGGCAGCCGCACGCUGGAGGUCCAGCUCGACUCACUUCUGGCUGCUCUGCAUGCUCAGGUUUGUGUGCCUGUGGAGUCAUCAAGCCCGGUGGUAAUGAACAACCAGAAAGAGGUGCUGCGCUGCUUCACAGUGCUGGCUUGCUGCUCACCUGACCGCCUGCUGUCCUUCCUGCUACCCAAGCUGGACGCCAGCAAUGAGAGGACCCGUGUGGGCACCUUGCAGGUCCUGAGGCACAUCAUCAACUCGGCCGCUGCUCAGAUGGAAGUUAAGAAGCCCUUUAUUCUCUCCUCCUUGAGGCUUCCUCUCCUGGACACCAACAGCAAGGUGAAGCGGGCUGUGGUACAGGUGAUCAGUGCCAUGGCCCACCAUGGCUACCUGGAGCAGCCUGGAGGCGAGGCGAUGAUCGAGUACAUCGUGCAGCAGUGUGCGCUGUCCCCCGAGACUGAGAGGCCGGGCCCUGACAGCGAGGACCCCACAGCCAACAGCGUGCGGGCCGUCAGCAUCAGCACCCUUUACCUGGUCAGCACCACUGUGGACAGGAUGAGCGACGUUCUCUGGCCCUACUUGCUCGAGUUCCUCACCCCCUUGCGCUUCACUGGGGCGCUGACCCCACUGUGCAAGAGCCUCGUGCACCUCGCCCAGAAGAGGCAGGAGGUGGGGGCUGAUGCCCUCCUCAUCCAGUACGAUGACAGCAAAGCCUCGCCUAGGACAGCAGACAGGCUGGGACACUGCAGACAGCCCUCUGAGUGUUUCCACCAUCUCUUUCCAGGGACCCUUCCGUCUCCCUACGCCAUAACCACGAGGCUUCUGGCUGUGUCUUCCAACCCCUACCUGGGGGAUGGCCGCGGGGUGGCCUCGCUGCGCCUGCUGAGCGUCCUGCACCGUGACAUCCACCCUUUGCUGGGUCAGCGGUGGGCCACAACUAUCCCCCUGCUGCUGGACUACCUGGAUGGUGAGGCCCCUGGAGAAUAUACUGAGGAGAGCUUGUCACAGAAGGAAUGGGAGGAAAAGCUGCUGAUGUUCCUUCGGGACACUCUGACUGUUGUGUCUGACAACACGUGGACCUGCCAGCUGAGCCUGGAGAUGUGCAAGCAGCUCCCCUGCUACAGCGAGACACCCCGGGAGAAGAACUUCCUGUAUAAAUGCAUAGGAACCACCCUGGGCGCCACCUCGAGGAAGGAGGUGGUGAGAGAGCAUCUGCAGGAGCUGCUGGAGACAGCCCGAUACCAGGAGGAGGCUGAGCGCGAGGGCCUCGCCCAUUGCUUUGGGAUCUGUGCCAUCUCCCACCUGGACGACACCCUGGCUCAGCUGGAGGACUUUGUAAAGUCAGAUGUGUUCAGAAAAUCUGUCGGCAUUUUCAACAUUUUUAAGGAUCGAAGUGAGAAUGAGGUGGACAAAGUGAAGAGCGCACUGAUCCUUUGUUACGGGCACGUGGCGGCGCAGGCCCCCCGUGAGCUGGUGCUAGCCAAGGUCGAGUCGGACAUCCUGCGGAACGUGUUCCAGUGCUUCCACACCAAGGUUCUGGGCAUAAAGGUAGAGACCAAGGACCCAGCCCUGAAGCUGUGCCUCGUUCAGACUGUGUGCAUGGCUAGCCAGGCCAUUUGCAGCAGUGCACAAGCCGGCUCCUUCCACUUCUCACAGAAAGCAGAGCUGGUGGCACAGAUGAUGGAGUUCAUCAGGGCAGAGCCCCCAGACUCCCUGAGGACACCCAUUCGGAAGAAGGCCAUGCUUGCCUGCACUUACCUGGUCUCCCUGGAGCCGGCGCUGGAAGAGCAGACGCAGGCAGAUGUGAUCCAUGGCUGUCUGCACAGCAUCAUGGCUGUGGUGCCCGUGCCUGAGGGGGAAGAUGGCCACCAGGAGUCUCUCUACCUGGAUACCGUGCACGCCCUUGAGGAUCUGCUGACGAGCCUCCUUCGGCGAAACAUGACUCCCCAGGGCCUGCAGAUCAUGGUGGAGCACCUGAGCCCGUGGAUCAAGUCCCCGAGGGGCCACGAGCGGACACGGGCGCUUGGCCUGAGCGCCUGCCUGCUGCGCUUCUUCCUGGAGCACCUGCACAUCAGCGCUCUGGUGCCCUUCCACAACCUGGGCCUCCUUGUCGGCCUGUUCUCCCCACGGUGUGCGGACCUGUGGUCUGCCACCCGCCAGGAGGCUGUGAGCUGCGUCUACUCCCUGCUCUACCUCCAGCUGGGCUAUGAGGGCUUCUCCCGAGACUACCGCGAUGAUGUGGCUGAGCGGCUCCUCACCCUCAAAGAUGGCCUCGUGCACCCCGACCCUGCUAUCCUUCUUCACACCUGCCACAGCAUAGCCCAGAUUAUUGGGAAGCGCCUCCCACCAGAUCAGCUAAUCAGCCUCUUGCUAACCAUGUUUGAGGGCCUGGGAGAUCCCGACAAGAACUGCUCCCGAGCUGCUACCGUCAUGAUCAACAGCCUGCUGAAGGAGCGGGGCAACAUGCUCCUGGAGAAGGUGCCCGAGAUCGUGAGUGUGCUGCGCUCCAAGCUCCAGGAGACCCGAGAGGAGUAUGUCCUGCAGGCUGCACAGCACAGCGUGUACCUCCUGGCGUCCCAGCACCGCACGGCCGUGGUCUCCAGCCUCCUGGGCAGCCCCCUGCCCUUUGACAGCCACACCUGCACCCUGUGGCGGGCACUGGCCGUGGAGCCCAGCCUCACCACGCAGGUCCUGGGGCUGCUCCUGGAGAAGAUGAGCAGAGACGUCCCAUUCAAAGAGAGCCGGGCCUGCCUGCUGAGCUGCUCUCCUGACCGCGUGGCCACGCUGCUGCCCCUCGCAGCCACCUGUGCGCUGCGCGAGGUCACCUCAGCUCCGGCGUCCGGGCCUGCGGUGCUGGAGCUCUACCCCCAGCUGUUUGUGGCGCUCCUGCUGCGCAUCAGCUGCACCGUGGGCGUCCAGCUGCCCCGGAACCUGCAGGCCAAGGAGAAGAGAAGCGCCGGCUCGGCUCUGGCCCCCAGGAACCUUGAGCCCUGCAGCUCCGCAGUGGAUGCCCUGCAGACCAUGCUGCUCCGAGGUGGUAAUGAGGACGUGGUGCAGCGUAUGGAGCUGGAGGGAGCCUGGGAGCUGCUCAGGACCUCAGCAGGGCACGAGGAGGGCGUCGCCCGGCUGGCGAGUGCCAUGGCAAAGUUUGCAGGCCCCCGGCUGCCCCUGGUGAUGAAGGAGCUCGUGAACUCACAGAGCAGUGUUUACGAGAUCCAGAGGGUCACCUCCACAGCCUUCCUUGCUGAGCACCUCUGCCUCCAGCUGCUCAACAGCAACGUGGUGAAUGACCUGAUGCUUUUGGAGUCGUUGCUGGACAACCUGGCGGCCCGGCAGAAGGACACAUGUGCCAGUGUACGGCGGCUGGUGCUCCGUGGCCUAGCCAACAUCGCCUCCAGCUCCCCCGAUAAGGUUCGGGCCCAUGGCCCCCAGCUCCUAACAGCCAUGAUCGGUGGGCUAGACGACGGGGACGACCGGCACAGCCUGGUGGCCCUGGAGGCCAUGGUGGGCCUUGCGAGGCUGCUGGACCUGGUGGAGCCCCGGGACCUGCGCCCUGUGCUGCUGCACGUUGCCAUCCGCAUCCGGCCCUUCUUUGACAGUGAGAAGAUGGAGUUCCGUUCUGCGUCCAUCCGCCUCUUUGGGUAUCUCAACAAGGCCUGCCAUGGGGACUGUGAGGAUGUCUUCCUGGAGCAGGUCGUUGGUGGGCUGGCGCCCCUGCUGCUGCACCUGCGGGACCCCCAGGCGCCUGUGGCCAGUGCCUGCAGGUUUGCCCUGCGCAUGUGUGGCCCCAACCUGGAGUGUGAGGAGCUGGCGGCCGCCUUCCAGAAGCACCUGCAGGAGGGCUGGAGCCUGCACUUUGGUGAAUUCCUCAACACCACCUGCAAGCACCUGAUGCACCACUUCCCGGACCUGCUGGGCCGCCUGGUGAGCACCAGCCUGUUCUACUUCAAAAGCAGCUGGGAGGACAUCCGUGCUGCUGCCCCCAUGCUCACGGGGUUCCUGGUGCUGCACGUAGAGCCAGAGCACCGGCUGCAAGUGGACCUGGAGCAGCUCACUGCGGCACUCCAGCUCCUGCUCAAGGACCCAGCCCCCGCCGUGCGCAUGAAGGCCGCCGAGACCCUGGGCCGCCUGGUGAAGUUCGCCUGAGGCUCCCCCAGCGGCGCUGCUGUCCCCACCAGCAAUGCCAGCCCAGGCCGUGUCCGGGCCUGAACCUCCGAGACAGGCCUGAGGAGCCCCUGCUGGAGAGCAGACUGCGGAGCCGCCUGGCCCCUGUGGGGGUCAAACACCUGCCCCUCGAGGAGGCUGCUGGAGGCCAAGUGGGAUGGGGGCCAGUCAGUGUCCUACUCAGUUGCCAAUAAAGCCCUUUGCUCCUCAG